CGAUUGACGGCGAGCGGUUCGUGAAAAAGAUGUAUAAAACUCGCAGGAUACUCGUUACGAUCCUCAUCCUUACUCUAACGAUAAGAGAAAGUAGUGCCAAUGGUGGAGAUAUACCCCUGCGAUGCGACGAGUACGAUUCCAUGGGAUUUAUGGACGUAAACGAGGCCUUUUGCACGGUCACCGGAUUCAUGGUCACCCACAGUCAGAAUAUUGUGUUCAAACAUAUACCACCCGGCAACAUGGUCAAGUUCAUGAAGUUCUACGAAUCAACGCUGCUUUAUAUGCCCUUCCACUUGUUCGAAACGUUUCCCUAUCUCAAGACCCUAGACGUCUCGAAUACAAAUAUAUUAGAGCUAACAAGGAAUGCCUUUAGUGCGGCCAGCAAUCUGACCUAUCUGAAUCUGGCCUAUAACAAUCUAACCUCCAUCCAGACAUCUGUGUUUAUUGGCGCCAAUGUCCUCAUGCGUUUGGAUCUGUCCUAUAAUGAAAUAUCUUCGCUGAGUGUGAAUGCUUUCUGUGGCCUGCAGACCAUUAGCCAGAUUUUUCUAACGGGCAAUCUGUUGAAGGAGCUGCACAGUGAUAUUUUCAAGGACAAUGAGUACUUGGAGAAGGUGUCCUUCGAGGGAAACCUGCUGACCAGCAUUCAACCGGAGGUCUUCCGCAAUAUGCGGCGUAUCAAGGAGGUUAAUCUUUCCAAUAAUCGGUUGGUUUUUAUCCAUCCGGAUACUUUUGCCGAUGCUGCGAGUCUGGAGAAUCUGGUGCUGUCUUACAACGAGCUGCAGAACUUCCAACUGACGGAGAAAAACAUUGUGCAUCAGCUGCACUUGGAUAAUAAUAAACUGACAAAUUUGACUAUCAAUGCAACGCGAUUUGUUCGCGCCAGUCACAAUGAAAUUUCGCAGCUCUUUCUGCACCAAAGUUUGCACAUCGAAACAUUGGAUUUGAGUUCCAAUAAAUUGACUAGCAUAUCGAACAUCACAAAUAUAACCUAUUUGCUUUAUUUGGAUGUCUCAGAAAAUCCCAUAGGUCAACUCAACAUCAGCACAUUUUCGCAACUCAACAGACUUAGAGGAUUAAAUCUGCGUGGAACUGGCAUUCGAGAGCUCAAAUUCGGAAUGUUUUCGAAGCAGAAAUUCUUGGAGGAACUAGAUCUAUCGUUCAACAACCUGACCAGCCUUAAUCUGGAUGUGUUUGUGCCGUAUCUGACCAAUCUGAAAAAGUUCCUGAUAGACGGCAAUGGGCUGCGUGAGCUGCAGGGAAAUCGCACGUUUUCCGAUGCCUUUCCCCAACUUAUGAAACUGGGAGUUUCUAGAAACCGCUUCAAUUGCUCCUAUCUGCACCACCUGCUCAUUCCGCCCUCGCUGCCCGAAUCCGUGGUGCUGAAUAUCGAACCGGACUCCAAUCUGGAGGAGACCCCACAUAUCCGAGACGUUUCCUGCAUCAGCCGAUCUCAACUGGACGUCAAUAUCUCUUUCAUCGCCGAGGAGUCCCGCCUCGAAUCGCAGAUUCGAAUCUUGUCGAAGCAGCUGGAGAUAGUAUCGUCUCAUUCGGAGAAUCUGGGUCUUCAUCUGGUUUUUAUGCAGGCCUUUGCCUAUGUUUUGGGCGGUCUGGUUCUGGUGAGUCUGCUAGCGCUGAUAGCCCUCCGGUAUCUGAAGAAUCGUCGAUCCGGUCGAUACGAUCGAAGCAGCAUUGUCUUCCGCUCGAAUGCCACAAUGGAUGCUAAUCUUACCCUGGGAAGUGCAGAUUCUCAGUAGUCCCGAGAAGACUUCAAAGGAUUUUUUUUCUAUCUUAUGUUAUACAUAUUACAAGUCAAAAUUAUAUUUCCAAUUUUAUUUAACCUAUAAUAUUUUGCAGCAAUCGAAGACUUUCCAAAAAUGUUAAGUGGGUGAAAAAGGAAAGAGUAAAAAAAUGUAUAUUAGGUCGUAAUUUAAACGAACUCAGCAAACAAUUAUAAUUUUAACACCAAAAAUAGUAAGUAAAAUAAGUAUAUUUAAGUUUUUGCUUCCAAAGAUCUUUAAAUAAACGUUACUUGUUUAAAUUCUGAGCAAAGUA